CAUGCAAAUCUAAAAGAUUUAUUGAUAAAAUCAUGUUCAUUUGUGCGGUUUCAAGGCCACAAUAUGACAAUAAAGGUAAAAAAAAAAUUGAUGGUAAGUUUGGGAUAUUCCCAUUUACUACGGUUGAGCCGGCUGUUAGGAACAUCAAAAAUAGAUUGAAAGGCACGUUGGAAACAAAGCCAAUCCAAACAAUCACAAAGGAAGUCAGCAAAGAUGUUUUCAUCAACCAAAUUAUUCCAACAAUUAAGGCCAAGUGGCCUCGUGGUGCAAGCAGGCAUAUAAUUAUACAACAAGACAAUGCGAAACCCCACAUUAAGGGUUCAGACCAUGACUUUGUAAUUGCUGCCACAUCAGAUGGAUUUAAUAUCCAACUGAUAUGCCAACCGCCGAACUCGCCGUAUACAAAUGUGAAUGAUCUAGGGUUUUUCAGAACAAUUCAAUCCCUACAAGAUGACAAGUUGGCUAAUGGUGUAGAAGAUUUGCUCAAGAACAUGAAAGAUGCAUUUGAAGAGCUUGAGCCACAUAUGUUAAACAACGUUUUCCUCACACUACAGGGUUGCUACCAUGAAAUCAUAAAAUGCAGGGGCAACAACAACUACAAGAUUCCACAUAUCAAUAAGGAAAGACUCUCAAGACUUGGAGUUCUCCCAGAAUGUUUGGAGGUGGCAAAACAGCUUGUAAGAGACUAUUUGGAAGAGUUAAGGCGGCAGCAAAUUGAACAAGGCACAAUCUACAACCUUGAUCAACUAGUCGACGGACUACAGCAGGUUGUUUUGAUGGAUUAGCAAGUAAUGUUGACAUUUUUUUGUGCUAAAAUGUUUACAAACUCAAACA